AUGGCCCACGUGAGACACUUUUGGACAUUAGUUUCGGGAUUUUACUUCUGGGAAGCAGCCCUUUUACUCAGUUUGGUUGUUACAAAGGAAACAGAUAGUGCAAGAUCUCGAAGUGCUCCAAUGUCACCUUCUGACUUCCUGGACAAUAAGAUGGAUCGACACAGUGGCUACAAUGAUAGAAUAAAACCUAGCCCUUUUGUUCUAAUCUUUUUUUCAGGCCCUCCAGUUAAUGUUACAUGCAACAUAUUCAUAAACAGCUUUGGUUCUAUUGCGGAGACGACCAUGGAUUACAGGGUGAAUAUUUUUCUUCGUCAGAAAUGGAAUGAUCCUCGUCUUGCAUAUAGUGAAUAUCCUGAUGACUCUUUAGACCUAGACCCUUCCAUGUUGGAUUCCAUUUGGAAACCUGAUCUGUUCUUUGCCAAUGAAAAGGGUGCCAACUUUCAUGAAGUUACUACAGACAACAAAUUGUUAAGAAUUUUCAAAAAUGGAAAUGUUCUCUAUUCAAUAAGAUUGACAUUAACACUUUCCUGUCCAAUGGACCUCAAAAAUUUUCCAAUGGACGUACAAACAUGUAUAAUGCAACUGGAAAGCUUUGGAUACACAAUGAAUGAUCUCAUUUUUGAAUGGCAAGAUGAGGCCCCUGUACAAGUGGCAGAAGGACUUACAUUGCCUCAAUUUCUGUUGAAAGAAGAGAAAGAUUUACGAUAUUGCACUAAACAUUACAAUACAGGAAAGUUCACAUGUAUAGAAGUACGAUUCCAUCUUGAACGACAAAUGGGAUACUAUCUAAUCCAGAUGUACAUUCCCAGUCUCCUGAUCGUCAUUCUUUCCUGGGUUUCAUUCUGGAUCAAUAUGGAUGCAGCUCCAGCCAGGGUAGCUUUGGGAAUAACCACUGUGCUGACUAUGACCACACAGAGUUCAGGAUCACGAGCUUCCCUACCAAAGGUUUCGUAUGUCAAGGCUAUUGACAUAUGGAUGGCAGUUUGCCUCCUUUUUGUGUUUUCAGCACUUCUGGAAUAUGCAGCUGUAAAUUUUGUAUCGAGACAACAUAAAGAACUUCUGAGAUUUCGACGAAAAAGAAAGAAUAGGACAGAAGCUUUUGCAUUGGAGAAGUUUUACCGUUUCUCAGACACGGAUGACGAGGUAAGGGAAAGUCGAUUCAGCUUCACAGCCUAUGGAAUGGGGCCAUGUCUGCAAGCAAAAGAUGGUCUGACCCAAAAGGGACCAAACCAUCCUGUCCACGUAAUGCUGAAAAGCCCAGAUGAAAUGAGGAAAGUCUUUAUUGACCGGGCCAAGAAGAUUGACACUAUCUCCCGAGCUUGCUUCCCAUUAGCGUUUUUGAUUUUCAAUAUUUUCUACUGGGUUAUCUAUAAAAUUCUUAGGCACGAGGAUAUUCACCAACAACAAGAUUAA